AUGAAGGGAAGGUCUAAUGACAAGCAAUCGCUUUCUCGGCACAUAAAAAUGUUUUCCAACUUGGUUAAUGAGCGUUAUGGUAUGAAAUUUGAUAAAUUACUUCCCCCUCAUGUUGGAGGCUCAGAAUCAGAUGGGCAUGAUAUGGCAAAAGCGAUAAGCGAUUACCCCGUGAAGGGGGCGCUCUCAAGCAUCAUACCCUUAUUGGAAACCAAGCUGGAUUACACGGCUUAUCUUGUGGCAUUCAUUACAUCAGCUCAUCACUACUCACUUGUUGGGAAAUUUGACGAGGACGAGGCAGAUGCAGUGCUUACCGCGCUUUUCUCAAAGGUUGUGGCGUCUUUCAAUAUUGAAAACGCGACAAGCUCACAUCCUAAGCAAAGUCCAUACGGACGGGUCUUCAACUGCGAUCAGCCGAGCAAUACUUCGCGCAUUUCCCCGAGCUUGGUAGUUGAGUUGAUUCAGUUUUCUGAUGUUACAGGCAACGAUAGCAUGGGAAUAAUCAACACCCUUACUGAAUAUGCAUUAGAUGUCAAGGAAGAGACAGAGGAGAGUGUUUUUCAUGACUUUCUAUUUCCAGUAGCGAACGGCAUUUGCGCACACAUAGAUACGACAGGGCGUUCCUCUACAGGAAGUGAACGGCGAUUUAUCAAACAUAUGUUGACCAAAUAUGUGCGUGACUACGUCAAAAAGGCCCCUCCGUCACCACCACCUGAUUGGCAAAAGAAGACGACCAUCCGAUGUAUCUGCUCCAACUGUGCCUCUCUACGCAUGUUCAUCGAUGACUCGUUCAGCACAACGCAGGAUUUCGCUCUUGGGGGAAAACGCAGGAACCAUUUAGAUCAGCAAGUUGAUAAGACUUUUUUCACUACAACUACCAUUAGAGCCAACCCGCACAAACUGCGAGUUGAAAAAACACAAGCUCUGCUCGUUUCCGACUUUAAAGCUUGGGUCGCACGAGUACAGAUCGCGAACUCUGAACUGGAGCAAUUGUCUCAAAAGGAUUGCCUAGAGGAGAUGCUUGGAAAUCAAUAUCACUCAAUCCUUUCCCACCAAAAUCUCGUACUUCCCGAUGAUCUACCUCCAAUGCCCGCACCCCGUGGUCUCAGAAACGCGGUACAACGCACCGUGCCGGCCAAGCGUCCUUUCGGGCAAUGA